UUUGCCUCGUUUACUAACUUUUACUUUAAAUAAUAAAUUCCUUAUUAAACAUUAAACACUUAAAACUUGACCUAAAAGGAAUUAUGAGAUUCUUGAAAUAAUAAACGUGUCACAGUGAAGUACAGUAUGUGAGCAGAGAUUAGAGGGUUUGUAAUAAAAUUAGACGAAAAAGAGCUCGAAAAUGGAUAUACCAGUCCAAAUAGCUAUUCGGCUUAAACCGCCCAGCCUUGCCGACUCUUUACAGUGUAUAUUUAGCAACCCAGUAACCCAAAUUGUUAUAACGGAGAGUGGCCAAACCUUUCAUGUGAACAGAGCUUUACCAGUGGACUGUACUCAAGUCCAUCUGUUCAAUUCAUUUAUGAUACCACAAAUAAAUUGCUUUUUGGAUGGCUGCGAUACAUCUGUUAUUGUUUUCGGACAGCCUAAGUCUGGAAAAACUUACACCUUAUUUGGACCAGGUUUUGAAUGUAUACAUAGUGAAUGUGACCAAGGAAUAGUUCCAAGAUUUUUGUCAGAAAUAUUCCAUAGGCUGGGUCAGCUUCCAGAAAGAGAAUAUAUAUUACAUAUAACAUGGAUGCAAGUAGUGAAUAAUAACAUCUUUGAUGUUUUGGGCGCUGGUUUGGUGAGGUGCACCAAUGUCGAGGAAGCUUUCCAGUAUCUACAAUUAGGUUGGCGACAAAGAUGUCUUGGUAACAACCAUACAGUUUUUACUGUCAGUAUGGAGCAAAAAUGGGUGGGAAGUAAUGGUAUACUCAACCACAGAAUGUCUACAGCAAGUUUUUGUGACCUGGCAGCUUAUCCUGAACCAGGCCUAUUUGCCUUAGAGAAUAUUAUAAAAGAACUAGUGGCUGGAAACCCACCUAAACAAAUAAACUAUGAUAGGUGUAUAUUAACUGCUAUGCUCAGAGAUUCAUUUGGUGGAAGAGCAUUUACUUGGGUCAUAGGAUGUAUAAGUACAGAGCCUGAUGAUUAUCAAGAUACUCUCAAAAUUCUUAACUUAUGUUUGUUUUGUAGAGGUAUUAAGAAUUUUGUAACUGUAAAUUUAUUUGCUGACAAUAAUACUCCUGUAUAUACAGAUAAAGCUGUUAUUCCAACAGAUAAUGCAUUUAAUUUACAAUUUGCCACUACACAGUGGAUAAAGUUAGUAUCAAACGCUGAAGGUCUUUUUAAUAAAAUUUUACAAUCCAAAUCUUUAUCUGAUACUGAUAUGAAUCAAGUAAGCGAAUGGCUUUUUUUGAAAGCUGAGUGUGAUGAAUGUUUGAAUAGCGAUAUGACAACAGACAAUAAAGAAACAGGUACUAAACAAGGUUUACCUAGAAUAGCAGAGGACACAGAGCCAAGUGAGCCAAGUGAAUCAGAUGUUGAAUCUGACAGUGAGGAUUCAGACUCUGAAACCGUUUUCCAAGAUAAGCUUGAAAAGUUAAUGGAAUAUUUCAGAGAAAAAAAUGAUCAGCAAUUUGCUGAAAGAUGUGAAGAAUACUUGAACCAUAUUGAUUCUGAUGAUAUUACAAUAUCAGAAACCAGUGGUUCCCAAUCAUUGCCCAUCAUGACAUCACAGUCAAAUUCUGGACGUAGAAGGACUAUUCAGCCUGGGGAAAGUAUUUCUGGAGCUCAGCUAGAACUCCUAAGAAAAGUGGCUGCCAAAGCAAUUUCACCCGAAUCUCAGAAAAUCAUAAUUGAAUCUCAUAAGAAAGAAAUAGAUCCAGAACCAAAGUUGAUUGAAAGAGAACUACUUAAGAUGAUUGAUUCUCCUAAGAUGAAUGAAAUAUGUAAAAAAUACAAAAUUACUAAAGAAAAAUAUACACAAAAACAAAUUUUAGCUCGUAAGUUAUCAAAGGAGAUUAGCAGCAGCCAAACACAGUUAAAAGAAUUAAUAAAUCUUUGCAUAGCUAAGCAAAGAUUGAUUGAUGAUCUGUGUAAGACAUCACAAACACGCAAUAAAGCGUAUACAGAAAAGGUUGAAUAUAGCUUUAUAGAUCAUGAUACCACAAGAGAAAUCAAAAGGCAUGAAACUAAUUUAAAAACUUAUAAGAAACAAAUUGAACAAAUUAAGAGGCAAAUUAAAAAGGAUGAAAAACGAAAGAAUACUUUAGAUAUAGAACUCCUUAAGGAUAAGUUAAAGUUGGAUGAGCUCUCUGAGUCUUCUGUUGAUACAAAGGAUAGAAAAACCCAUUCAAUAAAACAUUUUACUAAUAGGAUUACACAAUUAGAUAGUAUUUUAAAGGAAAAAGCCAAUGAUUUAGCGAAUUUAGAAUUAUCAAAAGAAAAAGAGUUAUUGUUACGUAAGGAGAUUAAAAAUUUACGAAAAACCAGAGAAUGUUUGCAUGAGCAACGUUGUAGUUUAGGUCAUAAGCGAAAAAUGUAUAAAUCUCUCUCAGACUCUGAGGAGCGCAAGAUACUUGAAUGUGAAGAGGCUAUAGAAGCAAUAGACACUGCAAUAGAAUAUAAGAAUAACUUGAUAUGUGGCAAGUCACCCUCAGCAUCUCUGUCUGACUCCCAAGAUAACAAGGACUCCAGGAGCAGAGGGGAACAGAUGCUAAUGGCAAGACUCGAUAAACUGUCACAUGAUGAGAUGAAGACUUUAUUAUAUAGGUAUUUUCAAAAGGUGGUAGAUUUGCGCGGGGCUUGUGCGGCCUUGGAAGCGGGUGCGGCCGAGGCGGCGGAGGAGGCCGCGGCGUGGAGGGCUCGGGCCGCUGCCGCCUGGCGACACACGCAGCGCGCACGACCUCUACCGCACAGGUGUUUAGAUGGAGGUAACGCGGAGCAAGCUCUGUCGUUCGGUAUGACGACAGAUUCAGAGACAUCAGAUGACGCCAUGCGGUUGGUCGACCGGGUUCGGCAACUAGCUAGAUACCCACCGGCUCCUGUGAUUCCGAGACAAAACUUGAGACAGCUGAUGCCAGCGACAAAUCUACCUGUAGCAAAAGUUACAAAGGAAAAGAACAAACUGGUGAUUGUACAGCAAAACAAGAAGAACUGAUAUCCGGUUAUCAUUUUAUGUUUAUUUCUCAAUAUCAUUUUAGUUUUCUCUAUUUAUUUCUUGUUAGUCCUUCUGCUUGACCAGACUAACUUAAUCAUUAAUUCAUUUAAAGUUUAAAAUCUCUUGCGCCUUUUGAGGCAUUUUGCUAUCAAGUUUAAGCAUUGUUUACUUAUAAAAUAUUUCCAAAUUGCUAAUACAUUCUACUUCUCUCGUUAUCAUCUUAGGAUAGUUGUUUCAAUUCUGUAGAUUUUUUGACAUACGCUAUUUCAUAUACGCACAAGAUGUUGUUAAAGUAGGAUAUCAUACCUUGCCAUUGAAGACAAGUCAAUAUAAAACGCUCUCUCUUGCAUAUUGGAAAGAACCCACUAACUUUUCUCACGAUUAUAUGAAAUCAAUCAAAUCAAUCAAAAUCAGAAUACACUUUAUUGUACACCAUUCACAAA